AUGGCAAUGCAUAGAGGAAAAGCUCUAGUAACUGAGGAUGAAUCACCUACUCAUGGUCAUGGCUCAGAACCUCCUGUAAUUGGCACCGAUAAUAUAAAGGAUAACACUUUAGUAGUUGAGGAUGAAUCAAGUAUUGGUGGUGGUGGUAAUGGUUUAGAACCUCCUGCAAACAACACCGACAGUGUGACGGAUGAUAUUUUAGUAGUUGAGGAAAAGGAAAACAUCGAGGAUACAUCAAAUAUCGUGAAGAACAGUGAUGAUGAAAAUGAUUAUAUUCAUUCACUUGAAGUUCCACCUUUGGAGGAACUAGAGAGCUCUAAUUCAGGCAAAGAAGAUCAACCGGACAAUUAUGAACAAUCAGGGAUAGGUGAUCCUAAAGUGUCUUUAGUGUCUCAUUUACCCAACGUUGAAGGUCUGUCUGGGGAUAAUGAAAACCGUCCAACCGAUCUUGAAGUUGAAAAUAAGGAAUCUGAAAGUACAACGGAUGACAGCAAAGUAGAACACAUGAAGGACGAAGUUGAAGGUUCAACUGAUGUCCAGAAAGUUGAAACAAAAGUAAAAGAUUCACUUGAUGCAAAGAGUGAUGUGAAGAAAAAUCAGACUUUAUCCGAGUUUUUGAGUGACGACGAAGAUGAUGUCGAAGGAUUGUUUGAUGGUCCACCGUUGAAAACAAAACACACUCCUCCGAAGAAAGAUGAGACUCCUACGAUGAAAGCAAUUCCUCCGCCAUUGUUUGAUGACGAUGAUGACGACGAUCUUGAUUGGUUCUCAUAACUACGUAAGCAGUUGGGAAGGAAAUCAGAUUUUUUUAUAUUUGAAAAUAUGACAGUGCCGCUUACGUUAGUUGAUUUUGUGUCAAAAUUCUGAUAAUUCUUUAUCUGUGUCGGUGGGCGAUUAGUUGAAGUAAUCAUCUAACUAACAAUUUUCUCGAAAUAUUCACAAAAUUUCCGUAUUAUUUUCGCGCAUGCACGCCACAUUUUUUCAAUUUUUCGUGUUUUCUAUGUUUGAGUUCGCCAUAUGUUUGAAUCGGGAGGUUUUUGCUCAAACUUCCUGAGGACAUCAAUUCUUUGAAAACCACUCGAAUGGUGCCAACACAAUAAAAAGUUCAAUGAAAUCAACACUCAUCCAUGUGACAUCCAUAUGUUUCACAGAUGUAUACGUCAGCACAUUGUCCCAUCAUUCGUUCAUGGUUUUUUCUUGUGAAAAUUUAAACAAUUGAUGGGUUUUACUCUGUGUAAACUUAAAACUAUACGAUUCGUUACAAUGCAAUGCAUUGUACACUAUGAUAAGAUUUCUUCAUUUGCUGUUAAAUUCUCAAUUGUAGGCGACCCGCGAAUGUCAUUUUGUUUUAGCUGACACACUGUAAAACCCUGAAAUUUUGAACUCCUUUAUCGAGUCUAAACAGUACGCCUGACUUAGCACUUAAACCCACUGUAUGCUGCGUCUGUAUUUUAUUACAAUGAUCAAUUUUGUAUUUUAAAUUAUUACAUUGACUAAUGAUGAAUAUUAUAGCGAUGAAAUCCGUUCUA